AUUUAAAUAAUUUUUUAAUUUAAUCAAUGGACCCUCACGGUGAUGAUGAUGAAUAAGUAGGAGAAGAUUAUAACCCAGAAUAAGAAGUAUUUCCAACUGGAAAUGGAGAUGCUACACUUAAUAAAGUAGAAGUUUAAACUGGAGAAGAAGAAGAUGAAGAAGUAGCUAAAUUCCGAGCUAAAAUUUAUAGAUUUGCAGAUGCUCAAUGGAAGGUAAUAUUGUUAUAAAGCUUUAGGAAAGAGGUGUUGGAGACUUGAAAUUCCUUAAAAACAAAAAUUCUAAUAAAAUUAGAUUACUUAUGAGAUAAGAUAAGACAGGAAAAUUAAUUGCUAAUCAUUUUAUCACAGCAUAAGAAGGAUUUUGCAAAUUGUCUUAGUUAAAGACAGCAGACAAAUCAUGGAUAUGGACUUGCUAUGAUGCCUCUGAUGAAUAAGCUAAAGUAUGGUAAUUAUGUGUUCGAUUCACUUCACCAGAAGAGGUCGAAAGAUUUAAAACUGAAUUCGAAAAAGCUUAUGAAAAUAAUAAGGCCGUAAAAGCAGAAGAGCCAAAGAAGGAGUGAAUUAUUAUUGUCAUUGUUAAUUAUCA